AUGGAGAAGUUCAAGAAACUCCACCCUCCGUCUUUCUCUAAGGUCAAAUCAGAUUCACUACAACCUAAGAGGUGGAUUAGUGCCCUGAAGAAGGCUUUUGAAGUGCUAGAAUGUACCAACGCCCAAAAACUGAUAUGCGUUGGGUACCAGUUGCAAAAUGAAGCCGCGGCAUGGUGGAAAUCAGCUCGGCCAAAUCUCGAGGCAACUCAUCCCGACCCAACAUGUGAUCAGUUCAACAAGGUAUUUUUGAAGAAUUACUUCCUAGAGAGCCUCAAAGAUAGAAAGGAAGCAGAGUUCUCAGUCUUUACACAAGGAUCAAAGACAGUACUGGAAUACCAACAGCGGUUUGAAGACCUGCUCCAUUUCGCACCAGAUCACCUGAGGAAUGAGGCAAGUAAGACCAAGAAGUUUGAGAAAGGACUUAAACCUAAAAUUAGGGCUAUGUUGUCAAUCAUGGAGAUUGAAACCUAUGCUCGAAUGGUUGAUAAGGCUAAGACUGUUGAAGACAGACUGAAGGAUAAGUCGACUGCAUUGCAAGGAUUAGCUAGGAGGCCUAGCAAUUUCCAGAAUUUCAACUGGCCUAAUAAGACCUUUAAGAGUCCUGGCAGCCCCAGUCCACUACAAUACCGGCGGCCAGAGGUGGGUCAAAACUUGCAACCAUACCAUUCGGCCUAUAAUCAAUCAAAUCAGUAUGUUCGUCCGGCUUCUAGUCGAGCUACAACUUCUGUUCAGACUCCGCAUUCGGCGACAAGCCAAGCAAGUCAAGCUUCUUCUCAAUCUGCCCGCUCUGUGCCUCCUUCCCAAUCUACCGACCCCAGCCGAUGUUUUGAAUGUGGUAAAUCUGGUCAUUGGGCAAAGGACUAUAUACGUCGGAGAAACAACAUACCAUCAAGAUUCCAAUCAUCUGGCCGGCCCUAUCUGUACCAAGACGGUCGGACUCAAGGAAAGGUAUACGUGCUGACCAAUGAGGAAGCAGAGGCGGAUCUGGAAGUAAUGACAGGUAUUUUUUCAAAAGAACCGUCAAAUCAAGCAUAG